CACCACCCUUCUCUAUCACACACUAUGCCCCGCCCCGCCAAGAAGAACACUGGUGCCAAGUCGGCCGCCAAGUCGUCCCCGUACUCGGAUGCCAUGUUUAUGGCCCGCCCGAAGUCGUUCGGUGUCGGCCAGGACAUCCAGCCGGCCCGCGACCUGACUCGCUUUGUCCGGUGGCCCAAGUACGCCCGUCUCCAGCGCCAGAAGCGCGUUCUCUCGAAGCGCCUCCGCGUCCCGCCGUCGAUCAACGUCUUCACCAAGGCUCUUGACUCGACCACCACCAAGGAGGUCUUCAAGUUCCUCAAGGACUACAAGCCGGAGACCAAGACCGAGAAGCGCCAGCGCCUCAAGGCCGAGGCCGAGACCAUCGCCGCCGGCGGCACCGUCCAGACCGAGAAGCCGUACGUGCUCAAGUUUGGCCUCAACCACGUCACCACUCUCAUCGAGCAGAAGAAGGCCCAGCUCGUGCUCAUCGCCCACGACGUCGACCCGAUCGAGCUCGUCCUCUGGCUCCCGACCCUCUGCAACAAGAUGGAUGUGCCGUUUGCCAUUGUCAAGAACAAGGCCAUGCUCGGCCGCCUGACCAACACCAAGAACGCUACCUGCGUUGCGGUCACCCGCGUCAAGGCUGAGCACAAGCAGAAGUUCGGCAAGCUCCUCGACGGCAUCAACGCCUCGUACAAGCCGGUCUACCGCUCGGCCUCGCGCAAGUGGGGUGGCUCCGUCCUCGGCCUCAAGUCGCAGGCCAAGAUCGACGCCCAGCGCCGUGCUGUCGAGCGUGAGCUCGCCAAGAAGGCCGCCGCCUAAGGUGAUAAAGAAAAGAAGAAAACAACA